UAGAGCGCGCCCGCUCGGCUGGAGGCAGGUGCGGAGAGGCGUGGGGGUCGGGAUGCCAGGGCCGCCCACAGUCGCGGAGCAGACGCGCCCCGAGCAGAGCGCGCCGGACCCGCGGCGCGCAGGCUUCGUGCUGGGGCUGGACGUGGGCAGCUCGGUGAUUCGCUGCCACGUCUAUGACCGCGCGGCGCGGAUCCGCGGCUCCAGUGCUCAGAAGGUAGAAAGUCUUUAUCCUCAAGCUGGCUGGGUUGAAAUUGAUCCUGAUAUUCUCUGGCUUCAGUUUGUUGCUGUAAUAAAAGAAUCUGUCAAAGCUGCAGGACUAGAGAUGAAUCAAAUUGUCGGUCUUGGCAUCUCAACACAGAGAGCAACUUUUAUUACGUGGGACAAGAAAACGGGAAAGCAUUUCCACAACUUCAUUAGUUGGCAAGACCUAAGAGCUAUUGAACUUGUAAAAUCUUGGAAUAGUUCUCUUUUAAUGAAGCUCAUACACAGCUCCUGCCGAGUGCUGCACUUUUUCACUAGAAGUAAACGAUUUUUAGCAGCCAGUUUGUUCACUUUUACAACCCAACAUGUUUCUUUGAGAUUGGCCUGGAUUUUGCAGAACCUGACUGAGGUGCGAAAGGCAAUUGAAGAAGAAAAUUGCUGCUUUGGGACUAUUGAUACCUGGUUGUUACAUAAGCUCACAAAAGGUUCUGAAUUUGCCACAGAUUUUUCAAAUGCCAGUACAACUGGACUUUUUGAUCCAUAUGAGAUGUGUUGGAGUAAGCUCAUCACCUCCCUGCUUUCAAUCCCGCUCUUUCUGCUGCCUCCCGUGAAGGAUACAAGCCACAAUUUUGGAUCAGUGGAUGAAGAGAUAUUUGGCGUGCCUAUACCAGUAGUGGCCUUGGUUGCUGACCAGCAAUCAGCCAUGUUUGGAGAAUGCUGCUUCCAGACAGGAGAUGUGAAGUUAACCAUGGGAACUGGGACAUUUUUGGAUAUUAAUACUGGAAAUAACCCUCAACAGAGUGUUGGAGGCUUUUAUCCAUUAAUUGGGUGGAAGAUUGGGCAAGAAGUGGUGUGCUUAGCUGAAGGCAAUGCAGCAGACACCGGUACUGCCAUACAGUGGGCUCAACAGUUAGGGUUUUGUUGUUGUUGUUUGUUUGUUUUUGUUUUUGCAGAUCUGUUCACAGAUGCUGCUGAAACUGAAAAAAUGGCCACAAGUUUGGAAGAUUCUGAAGGAGUUUAUUUUGUUCCAUCUUUUAGUGGAUUGCAGGCUCCAUUAAAUGACCCCUGUGCAUGUGCCUCUUUUAUGGGUUUGAAGUCUUCCACCAAUAAAUACCACCUUGUACGAGCAAUAUUGGAGUCCAUAGCUUUCAGAAACAAACAGUUAUAUGAGGUGAUGCAGAAAGAGAUCCACAUUCCUGUAAGAAAAAUCCGAGCAGAUGGAGGAGUUUGUAAGAACAGUUUUGUCAUGCAGAUGACUUCAGACCUGAUUAAUGAGACGAUAGACAGACCCGUCCACGUUGAUAUGUCCUGCGUAGGUGCAGCUUCUCUAGCUGGCCUUGCUGUUGGGUUUUGGACUGACAAGGAGGAACUAAAGAAACUGAGGCAAAGUGAAAUAGUUUUCAAGCCACAGAAGAAAUGGCAAGAAUAUGAAAAAAAUAUGGGAAACUGGGUCAAAGCAGUGAAACGCUCCAUGAAUUGGUAUAACAAGACAUAGCACUAACGGAAUGACUGAAACCACGCAUGGCUGGUUGCUGUGAUGUGCAGAUGAGACAAAGCUCAGGGACAACAAUACGACCAUGAAUGAGAGGAGAAGACUGGAGCUGAGCUCUGCAACUGGAGAGAAAAAGCACUGCUUUUUUGAAAACAAAACAAAACUCCUCAUUGAAAAAAUUCUAAACCUUGGUAAGAUUGUAAGGCAACAAUACCUCAGAACUUUUAAAUCUUCUGUUUUGUAGCAAAUUCCAAAGGACGCUAGCUAUUUCCAACCAUGUUUUGACCGUCACGGGUCCUCCUCCUGUUUGUACUGGGCCAAUAUGAACAUAAUUGUUUACUAUCUGAGUUAAUAGUUCCGGGUCAAGCACUGUUCGUGUUUUGUUCCAAAAUGAUGUGAAAAGUGUUUCCUUAAUUCUUUAAAAUGAAGUGGGCUCUUUGAAGUCCAUAUAGUUAAAAAGAAAGAAUAACCAAGAAAAUGUGGAAUUUUGAUAUUUGAAUUUUAAUAUUUUCUAUUUAAAGCCAUAAUUGUUCAGUGUUGUAUCCAAAUGUUAGCUCAAUAUGUCUCUUUUAGAUAGGCUCAUUUGGUAGUCAAUUCUUUCCCUUAUUGGGUUUAAAGACACUGCCUUAAUUUUUCCUUGUUUAACCAAAAUCUGAGCUUUCUUUAUAUAUUGAAAAACACUGAAAAAAAUCAUUUUAGUUAAUAAAACCAAAAAGGGUAUUGAUUCAUUGGGUAUUGAUUCAUAAGGAAUAGGAGAAUACUUUCUUUCUCAGAUAGCAUUCUUUCAAAAAUUUCUGGGUAAAGUAUAAAAUCUCAUUUUUUACAAAAUACACGUAGUAAAUAUAAAUCUUGCCUUUCUUCUCCUCUUCUCUAUCCUUCUUACUUGUUGAGAUGCUGGUGUAAACGUCUUUUAUUUUUAUUAAGUGCCUAGUCGACAGAGCUUAAUUUGAAGAAAGUGCCCUAAUUUAUUGCUGACUUAAGAAUUGCCUUCAUUGGGGUAUUUUGCUUGUCCAGGUAUCUUUCUUGUUUUUGUCCAAUCUACUCAUCUCUCUGAGAUUUGUGCAGUGAGGUAGCUGACAGAGGGGAUGGGAGUGUAGUCAAGCUAGUGACUGCCCCUCAGCCACUGAGCCAGAGAUCCACAGAGAGGAACAGCAUGAGUCGUACAUUUUCAAACUCACUUGAUAGAAACAAGGUAGAGUAAGGUAAGAGCUAAGAGUUGUGAGUAGCUUCAGGCCAGAUGUAAACUUGUCCUAAGGCAAGUUGACCACCUUCCAACAUGUUCUCAUGUUAUUUGCCCCUCCCUGUUUUGGGGCUAGGUUCCUUUUAGAUUUGCAGCAAUAAUGUAUUUCCCUCUUGGUCAGGCUUUAUCAUAUCACAUAAAGUCCUACUGUUGUAGAACUCACUGUUAAAUAAUAAUGUAAUUAAAGAAGUGACUGUUAUAGGGAAGUUUGCUGUUACUAUCAUGUACGUCCAUUUCAGAGACAGGUAAUAGAUAUUAGACUUGGAAAUAUUUUUGUUAAGUCAAGGUGUUUUGUUUACUGUAAUAAGUCAGAUCCCCUUAUGUAGAUAACAUCUUACUCAUUUCAUUCUUUCUGUUAUUCACAUCCUUUUUUACAAAGCUUAGUGGCCAAUUAAAAGCUUUCUUAUCAAAGUCAUAUGAAAGCCACUCUGUUUUACUAUUUCUUAUAGAGUCUGCUCCUCAGUGGGUAUGAUGUCCAUAGGAAAUAAUUGUCUUUUUGUAUUAGGAUGUACUGAAUUGUGAUAUUAUUAAUACCUAAACAUUUG